AUGUCGUCUCGUGUUAUAACCACCCUUAUGGCUGAGAGUGUUUUACUUUCAAAAACAGUUAAAUUCAUUUCCGGUUAUUCUCCCAUAACGGUAUUUUUAACUGCGGCCGUUAUUAUUUUCCUAGUGAUCUACAAUAAAAGACGCGCUCGUUUGGUAAAAUUAAUUGAGAAAAUACCUGGUCCAGCUUCAAUGCCCUUCCUGGGAAAUGCCAUCGAAAUGAAUGUGGAUCAUGAUGAAUUAUUUGCCCGUAUUACUGGUUCGAAAAGUUUAUGGGGUAAUCGUUUGGGCAUAAAUAAAGUAUGGCAAGGCACUAAUCCCUAUAUCAUGUUAUUCGAUCCUGAAACAGUGGAGCCCAUACUAAACAGUCAAAAAUUCAUUGAUAAAAGUCAUGAUUACGAUUAUUUGCAACCCUGGUUGGGCACUGGUCUAUUGACUAGUUUCGGCCGGAAAUGGCAUUCCAGAAGAAAGAUUUUAACACCUGCCUUUCAUUUCAAGAUUUUGGAUGAUUUCAUUGAUGUCUUCAACGAACAAAGUGCAAUUUUAACGGGUAAACUUGAUCGUGAAUUGUCGGCUGAGGCAUUCAACAUCUUCCCAUAUGUUACUCUGUGUACCCUAGAUAUUGUGUGUGAAACCGCUAUGGGUCGCAGCAUUUAUGCUCAAAGUAAUAGUGAGUCUGAUUACGUCAAAGCAGUUUAUGGAAUUGGUGAAAUUAUUCAAUCCCGUCAAUCCAAAUUGUGGUUACAUUUGGAUGCCAUUUUCCGUUUGACCGACGACUACAAACGUCACACCAGUUACAUUAACACCCUGCACGGCUUCUCUAACCGUGUGAUUCGUGAACGUAAAGCUGAGUUGGCCGAUAAUAAUAACAACAAUAACAAUGCUGUCGAUGCUUAUGAUGAUUUGGGUAAAAAGAAACGUUUGGCUUUCUUGGAUCUUUUGAUUGAAUACUCCAAGAAUGGCACACAAUUGUCUAACGAUGAUAUACGCGAGGAGGUGGAUACAUUUAUGUUUGAAGGUCACGAUACUACUUCGGCUGCCAUUUCGUGGACUCUGUUCUUGUUGGGUUCCCAUCCAGAAUACCAGGAACGUGUUUAUGAAGAAUUGGAAUCGAUAUUUGGUGAUGAUCGUGAUACACCGGCCACUAUGAAGAAUCUUAUGGACAUGCGCUAUUUGGAAUGUUGUAUUAAGGAUGCCUUGCGUUUGUUCCCCUCGGUGCCCAUGAUGGGACGUUCAAUUGGAGAAGAUGUGCAAAUUGGUGACUACAAAAUUCCAGCCGGUACUACUGCCAUCAUUAUGACCUACAUGUUGCAUCGCAACCCACGCAUCUUCCCCAAACCUGAACAAUUCAAUCCCGAUCAUUUCUUACCAGAGAACUGCGCUGGUCGUCAUCCAUUUGCCUAUAUACCUUUCAGUGCUGGACCCCGUAACUGCAUUGGCCAGAAAUUUGCCAUACUCGAAGAGAAGGCCGUUCUCUCCACAGUAUUACGUAAAUACAAAAUUGAAGCGGUCGAUAGACGUGAGGAUUUAACACUUCUGGGUGAAUUGAUUUUACGUCCCAAAGAUGGUCUACGUGUUAAGAUUACGAAACGUGUCUAAAAGUUGCAAGAGCACUUUUGAACUGCUAGGCCAAACAGAGAUUAUCUUGCCGUUAAUUGUAUAAAAUAUUUUUAUUUAUGUAAUUUUAGUUCCCCAACCCUUCCAACAACCCCACACACUCAAUUUAUUGUAUGUUCUGUAAAUAACAAUUUGAUAUUAGUUGUCUUAAGUGUUUGUAUUGAGUUUAAUUAGUGAAUAAUUUUGUAAGAAAAUAACGAUAAAA